GCAAGUUGGACGUGGAGGAUAUUGCAGUCCUUUAUCAGCUCUUAAGCCACCAAAGGCAUCAGUUCAGGUUAACUCUCCAUUGAUCACUCCCAGCAAAAGGGCAUCUUCAGGUUCAAAUAAUAUCACAAUGGAAAGUAAAGCUAAAAAAAGUGCACCAGGGCAACAUAUGAUUGCAUCAAAGAGACCUUGUCUGCGAAAAUCAUCCCCAAAAUCACCUUCUUUGAGCUCACACACUCCCAUGAAUAAGUCUGCAGGACUUGGCGCAGCUAAAUCUGAUUCUGCUUCUAGAUCUUCUCAAAACCCUCUUAGUAGAAAAAUUGACUCCAGACUUCUUUCUUCUGGUUCACCCUCUCCUUAUAGAAAUUUACAUGGAAACAAAAUUCAGCUUCUAAAUUCUAGUCGCCCUUCUCAUUUAUUGUCCUCCCUCGAGUCCUCUCGGACAUCACCUUCUAGCUCCAUUAAUAUGUGGUCCUCUGAGUCAUCUGCUUCUAUCAAUCAAAGAUCUAUCAGCUCCACAGGAAGUCUGGAUAACACUUGUGAAGAGAAUUCUUCUGAUCAUGAUUUCUCUCAUGCAUUGGAUUCUGAGCGCCAUAUCUGUGAUCGAAACUGCUUUACACAAGGAGAUCGGGACAAUAGGUUUGUGAAUCAACAUGCUAAGACAAACUCCAUGCGAAAUAGUUCUGUUCUUGCUAAUAUCUCAAAAAGCAUCAAACCUUCAAGCCUUCGGAUGCCAUCACCAAAGAUUGGUUAUUUUGAUGCGCAAUAUUCUGUAGCACUGACACCAAAGGGAGAUAUGAGGUUUCAUUGUGGAGUACACAGCAGUUCCUCUAAAACCGGCAGUGGUGUAGCUAACCACAAUGGAGUUGCCACUAGAACAAUGCGUGGCAAGCUUCAACAGUGGGGAACUUUAUCAGAGAUUGAUUCUCAGAAAACUGCAGGAUUAUGUCAUCCUUUAGGCAACAGUCUUUGUGGUUCUGCCUCAUCCAAAAAAGAUAAGGUAAAUAGAGGAUUUAUGAACCUUAAAAAGGGCAUGAAGAGAAACGGUCAAGACAGUCAAAGAACGACAAAGAAUGAAGAUGCCAACAAACAGUCUCCUCUACAUAUACUUACUGAUGAUGACAAGGAAAACUUAUGGAGCUUUCAUAAUCAAGUGGAAAAUUUAAGCAAACAUAUUGAAGCCAUUAAUUUCAACUAGGAUCUGGAAAUAUAGCUGAAAGCAGAAAAAAGAUACCUCACCUAGUUUAAGUUUUGGCAUCAAUAAUCCUCAAAACCAUUGUUCAUCAGGAGCAUUUUAGCGCCUAACCAUCCACAACAAAGUGAGAUUUUACACCGACCCAUGGCUUCUGCGACCAACUGACAAUCAUGUAGUGUAUUUGUUGAACAAAUUGGUUGAUUGUGCUGCCAGCAGAUUUAAGAAAA